AUGGCCGACGGGAGCCCUGGGAUAGAUGGGGAAGAGCUGCAAGGUGGUGGUGUGGAGCAGGUCCUGUACGGGAACCACGUGGUCGGUGAGUGCGGGGCAUGCUCCAAGAUGAUUGAGACCCAGGAGGAUAUUUACAUGGGCGACAUUGAGCAGGUUCGCUUCUACAACAUGUGGGUCACCACUGUGGUUUUGGGCAACAAGUGUGACCUGCAGGAGCAGUGCCAGGUGGACUAUGAUGCAGCACAGCACUGGGCCAAAGGCAAGAAAGUGAAGUUGUGGGAGGUGUCUGUGGCCGACCAGCAUACACUGAUUGAGCUCUUCGUCUACCUAGCUAGCAAGAUGACCCAGCCCCAAAGCAAGUCUGCUUUUCCCUUGAGUCACAAGAAUGGCAGUGGAUCCAUGGAUGGUUGAGCCUUGUUUUCCCUUUCCAUUGCCACUUCCUCACCUCCCUGUUUCCCUCACACAUCUCCUGCUGAGCCUGUUUGGUGUCAUGAAGCCUGUGGGAAAUGUGGUGGCAGGAGGAACGAGCAUCCCAGGGCUGGGGAUGGUCUUUGAGGAUGAGAGAGGUGAGCCAUAUCCCUGCACAGGGGUUGCUCUUUUCACUGCCUGGUCACUGCAGAUGUUUGAAGUGCUACAGGAAAGCCAGGAUUCACUGAGUACAGGCUGGCAGAGCCGAGGGCCAUUGGCUGCUGUGGUGGGAGGCACAGUGUGGGACUGACUGCCCAGCAGCUGGGGGCCAGCUCCAUGGCUGAGCACAGCCUGGUUGAAGGAAACAAUUCCCUCUCUGUUGAGCUGUUGUUUCAUGUUUACUGAUACCAUGUAAUAAGAGCUCAUUUAUUGGCCCCGCUUACAGCCCCCACCACUGUCAGAGCAUCUUUCCCUUGUACUGCCCCAGCUUUCUGCAGUGCUGCAGCAUUCCCCAGCAGAUUGCCCCUUACCUGGCAGUGCUCCCUGAUCCUUUACAUUCAGAAAAGUACUCGGUCAUCCUGCUCCAGUGAAUACACAGUGCAGGGCAAGAAGGUGUUACCAAGGGCAGAGUGCUCACAUCCACCACACUGCAGCCUUCCUCCUCCUCCUGAGUGCAGACUCAGCCAUGACCUUGGAAGAGCUGGGUCUGUGUUUAGCCUGUGUGCCUUGAUGCUUAGGGCUGUGGCAGCUCUCGCUGCCUAUCUGUCAGGGUGCUGCCUUUCCUCUCACAACCACCACAAGACAAGGGGAAGGUGUCCUGAUCCUGCCCAGCAGCACGUGUUCUCUUCAGCUAGUCUGGAUCUAGGAAAUAAAAACAAAAUGAGGAGAAAGCCUUGUCUUGAUUAUACUUGUUCCUUUUA